AUGGUAAGUGAUAGCGAAACAGAGAGAUCAAACAUAAAAGAAAAGAAGAAAAUAACAACUUUGGCUCCCAUUGCCAAACCCUUAGCUGGCAAAAAACUCUGCAAACGGACUCUCAAGCUCGUUCGUAAAGCGUCUGAAUCAAAAUGCUUGAAGAGAGGAGUGAAGGAAGUGGUGAAGAGCGUUCGUCGUGGCCAUAAAGGAUUAUGCAUAAUAGCAGGAAACAUUUCUCCAAUUGAUGUCAUCACUCAUGUUCCAAUCUUAUGUGAAGAGUCUGACAUUCCUUAUGUUUAUGUUCCUUCUAAAGAAGAUCUUUCUAUUGCUGGAGCCACCAAAAGGCCUACUUGCUGUGUGCUAGUGUUGACCAAGCCUACCAAGGGGGAAAUGGCCAAGGAGGUUCAAGAAAAAUUGAAGGCAGAUUAUGAUCAAGUUGUUUCUGAUGUAUCUGAACUUACAUCCUCACUUUUUUGA